ACCUCUGUGACGCGCCCCUCCCUCCCCCUUCAUCAUCACUCGUUUUUUUUUACAGUCAUCGGUCAAAAGUCAUUUCAGAAAUCAGAUUCCAUCAGGCACUGGCAAGCCGAAGCUGUUCAUCACACAGGUUGUCACAUCGCCGGAGUCUUCGCUUUGAAAAGUAGCCGUGACAUCAAGCGCAACAACAAACUCUGUAGACGCAGUUCCCUCGCCAUAACGGCUCCUUCGAUUCUCAUCACUUCAGACGAGUACUUCAUCCGGUGUUGUCUCCCCUCCGCCAUGUUAAGGGUCUGUCUCUGUGUAAGUCUCAUCAUUAACGUUGCCUUGUCACAACAGGACACUGAGGAGCCCGUCACCUACACAUGCACUGAUGGCUACGAGUAUGACAGCGCGAGACAAGUCUGCCGAGACAUAGACGAGUGUGUGACUCUGGCCGACGCCUGCAAGGGAGGCAUGAAGUGCGUCAACCACUACGGCGGCUACCUGUGCCUGCCGCACAGCGCCCAGAUCAUCGUCAGCAACGGCGAGGAGGAGGAAGUGGCCGACCCGUCGCCGCCGCCGCAGCGGCCCGCGCUGCCCCCCGUCCGCACGCCUCACGUCCCCGCCGCCGGCCCCGUGUCGAGCGGCGGCGACCUCGCCCAGGGGGCCCGCCUCCCCGUCCAGGGACACACCAUCCAGUGCUCCGCGGGAUUCGUGCCGGACGAGCACGGCUACUGCCGAGACAUUGAUGAGUGUGCGGGUAACCCAUGCCAACAACAGUGCAUCAACAUCCUGGGCUCCUUCAUAUGCAAGUGUGAACACGGCUACGACCUGGCACCAGAUGCUGUGUCAUGCCAAGACAUCAACGAGUGUGCCUUCUCGCCUUACAUGUGCCAGGGGGACUGUGUGAACCAGCCAGGCAGCUACGUGUGUGUGUGCCCAGAGGGCUACCAGCUACAGGCCGCACGCCUGUGUCAGGACAUUAACGAGUGUGACGCGGGCCAUAACUGCCGCGAGGACCAGAUGUGUUGGAACUACCACGGAGGCUUCCGCUGCUAUCCCAGAAACCCCUGCCGAGAACCCUACACGCAGACUGGAGAGGGACGCUGUAGUUGCCAGGCGGCGGCGGGGGCGUGCCGCGGGCUGCCCCCCUCCAUCGUGUACAAGUACAUGAGCAUCUCGUCCGAGCGCAGCGUGCCCGCCGACAUCUUCCAGAUCCAGGCCACCAGCGUCUACCCCAACAUGCUCAACACCUUCAGGAUCAAGGCAGGCAACGAGGGAGAGGAGUUCUACCUCAGGCGCACCAGUAACGUGAGUGCCAUGCUGGUGAUGACGCGUGCGCUGCGGGGCCCUCGGGAGCACGUGGUGGACCUGGAGAUGAUCACGCAGAACAGCGCCCUCAACUACCGCUCCACCUCCCUCCUCCGCCUCACCAUCGUCAUCGGAGCACACACCUUCUAGACACACACACACACACACACACACACGCAGAACAGCGCCCUCAACUACCGCUCCACCUCCCUCCUCCGCCUCACCAUCGUCAUCGGAGCACACACCUUCUAGACACACACACACACACACACACACACGCAGAACAGCGCCCUCAACUACCGCUCCACCUCCCUCCUCCGCCUCACCAUCGUCAUCGGAGCACACACCUUCUAGACACACACACACACACACACACACACACACACACACACACACGCAGAACAGCGCCCUCAACUACCGCUCCACCUCCCUCCUCCGCCUCACCAUCGUCAUCGGAGCACACACCUUCUAGACACACACACACACACACACACACACACAUGCACACACAUACAAUACACACACAACACACACACACAAACUUAGCCAUCGUCAUCGGAGCACACACAUUCUAGAGGAGACACACACACACACACACACACACACACACACACACACACACACACAUACACACACACACACGCACACAUACAAUACACACACAGCACACAUACACACAAACUUAACCAUCGUCAUCGGAGCACACACAUUCUAAAAGAGACACACACACACACACACAAAAACACACACCACCUACCACUACUGGAUACUUCUGCAGCUAAUCAGUUGAUCUUUUAGAUUGUGCACCACACAUUAAAAAAACGCUCAUAGACACACACACACACACACACCGACAAGCAAAACCAUUCAGUAGUCAGAUUCUGUAGUCACGUACAGCGAGAGGCAGCAACAUAACCAGUUCCAGCAUAAUCAGUCAUGAUAUCAUAAUCACAGCACUCUACAGUCACAUUCCAUAAUGCAUAACCAGUCAUGAUGUCAUAAUCACGGCACUCUACAGUUACAUUCCAUAAUGCAUAACCAGUGAUGAUGUCAUAAGCACAGCACUCUACAGUCACAUUCCAUAAUGUUGUCAUUUGUGUCGUCGAGUAGUAAGGCUCAAUGCCUUUGCGCGAUGAGUCCAGUUUGUUUUGUGUGAAAUUGUCAGGAAGUUUGAAAAAAAUAAAGACAACCUCAUGUUC